CGCGCGGCUGGCAAACGCUCUGUAUCAUAGUGGAAUCGCCUCCACAACAAGGGAGAACAGUAUCAUCUUGGAUUGGACACAGUCAUGUCGCAACGAAAGUUUCCCAAAGUCAUUGGAUACCAAUUGAUAGAGCAAAUCGGUGGAGGGGCAUUCUCUACUGUAUAUCGAGCCGUCAACAUAGAAGAUCGCCGAAUCGCAGCAUGCAAAGUUGUUUACCUCACACCUCAAACGACCGAACAUGACAGGAAGACUCUCGACAAAGAGAUGCGUGUCCACUCUGCGCUGAAACAUGACAACGUUCUUGAAUUCAUCGAUGCACUCAUUAUCGAGGACGACAAGGGAAAGCCGAGCCCGUACGUCCCAGGCAUCUACAUGCUCCUUGAACUCGCAGCGGGAGGAGACCUCUUCGACAAAAUAGCCCCUGACGUGGGAGUCGGUGAAGACGUCGCACAUUACUACUUCAGUCAGCUGCUCGCAGGCGUCGCGUACAUUCACUCGCUGGGAAUAUGCCACCGGGACCUCAAACCAGAGAAUAUCAUGCUCGACGCUGCCGGUACCUUGAAGAUAUCCGACUUCGGCCUGUGCUCCGUAUUCAGUAUCGUAGACAAAGCGACAGUGAGGUUACUCAGCGAACGAUGUGGAUCACUGCCAUACGUCGCGCCAGAAUUGAACUCCGAUGAACCGUACUCAGCUGAGCCAAUCGACGUGUGGGGUAUUGGUGUCAUCCUCUUCACGCUCCUCGUAGGCAAUACUCCAUGGGAUGAGCCGACGAAGAAGAGUCGCGAAUUUCGCAGCUAUGUCAAGGGCUCAAUAUUCACCGAGGCACCAUGGAACAAGCUCGGGGAGACGGUCCUUUCAUUGAUUAGAGGGAUGCUUACGAUCAACCCGAACCGACGUAUGACUUUGGACGACGUCGCGUGUCACGAGUGGUGUACACGGCCCAGCCAACUUGCUGGAAAAAGUGCCGCUCAGCUCGCUGAGUGCCUCACCGAGUCCCUCCGCGCGACCGGCGACCUCGAGAUUGCCACGCCCUCCGCGGCUACGUCCCCCCAGGACGAGAACAUGGUCGACGAAGACGGCGACCAGAUAAUGGGCACCGCAACGCACCUGUCUCAGUUCACCCAGACGCUCAUGCUUUUCAGCCAAACCCAGACCGGGAAACGAUACACCCCUCAUCUCACGCGGUUCUACUCGUCACUCCGGCCGCCGCAGCUCAUGCCGCUUUUGCACGACGCGGUUAUCGGUAUCGGACUCAAGUGCAAAGUUCCCUCCCCCAAGCCGGGCGAUCCACCUCCGGACGAGGCGCCGCUGCUCAAGUUCCGUGUGGGUGGGUACGACCGGCGCCACGAGGUGGUCAAGGGCUGGGUGGAAAUCGAGCCGUUCAACUACAACGACAUCAACGGGAGCUUCUGCGUAUUGCGCAAGGAAGCGGGAAAUCCAAUAUCGUGGCGGCAACUGUGGAAGGCGCUCAUCAUGUGGCCACAGGUAGAGCCGCACGUUCUACGCAAGCGGAACCAGCAGUCGUAGGGGGUCUCCACGUACUAAAGUGCAUGAUCAUUCGGACGUGGUAGAUUCAG